AUGCUUGGCCCUUUGCCGGACAGCUCCCUUCGGAUGAAUUAUUUGGACAUCCUGGGCACACGCAACCGCAUGCAUCUGGAGGAGGACGUUUUCCAAGACAAAAAUCACCAAGUUUACCCAGUUCAUUUGGGCAGUAUUCCCAAUCUGACUCCUUGGAAGAAAGUCAUGGAAAGAAAGAUCAGAAGCCCAAAAAGCCUGGGAAGAGAGAGGCCCUACCCAUGCGUGCCCUGUGGAUUCUCCUUCAAAACUAAAAGCAACCUUUACAAGCACCGCAAGUCCCACGCUCACGCCAUCAAAGCAGGUCUGGUGCCAUUCUCUGAGCUGGCCGCCGCUCGAGCCGGAGAGUCGGACCAGGCCUCUCCAUCAGGGGAAGCAGAGGUGCAGUCAGACGGAGAGCAGAGCACAGACACAGACGAGGAGGUGGAAGGAGCUAUGAUGCUGAUGGAUGGUCCUGGACCUCAAAUAUCUUUUGAGGCUGGGAAAAAUGCAGGUGGUGUGGAGCCCGCCUAUGCAGACUCGGCUGAAGAGCUUUCUAUGGGAGCCAUGAAAGUGCCUAUCCUGAUAGUUCCUAAACCUGGUGCUGUCCCUUCUCCCGGAAUGGAAUGCCCCCCUUUCCAAGACGUUAAGACCUCACAUCACAUGCUGGGUUCUCAAGCUGGGGGACGGGUGAUGUUGGUAUAUCUGGAGACCCAAAGCAAUAUCCAAUUGGACCAUGUCAAAGCAGCACUGGGCUCCUCGAACCUCCCUCUGAAUCAAGUCAUCUCACUAGAAGCAACUCAAUGCCAACACCACCACCUCCAAACCAUAGCGUCCCAUCUGGAAUCCGAGGCAGCCACUCUGUAG